AUGCAAAAAAGUUUAUCAUUAACUGCAUUUAACCGUGCAAAAGAACUAGUUAAUAAUUUGAAUAUAUUAUCUUCAUUAAAGGAAUGCAAUGCUUGUGAACUUAAUGGUUUAAGUAAAAAUAUAUCUGAUAGUAUUAGAUUCAACAUUAAUUCGGAUAAUUAUUUAGCAACGGAUUCAGAUUCUUCAUCAGAUUCUGAAUCUGAUUAUGAUGAUGGAGCAAUGGAAAGUAAUGAAUUUGAUAGUGAUCUAAUCAAUGUGGAUGAAGAAGAUAAAGAUGCGGCAAUGACACAAAACUUUGAUGAAAUUAAAACUGAGAAAAUAAAUUUUACUGGUAUGCGUAUACUCGAUUCGAUUAAUCCAGCAAUGAAAAACUCCUAUUUUCAAGUGCAAAUAAAUAACAAGACUAAAUUUAUACACAAGCAAAGGGCUUGUUGGUUAUUGACCGACAAAGUUAGCCGCUUAUCGGCUGAUAGAUUAUCACGAGUGAUAGAAAGAAACAAAAAGGAUUGAAAAUCUUCAUCAGAUUGAUUUGGAUAGAUGGAAAAUUUCUUAUAAAAAUAAACCACUUCAUUCAAAAAGCAUUCACUUAUUAAUUAUCAUAUUUUCUAAGAUCAAACAAACUUGAAUUUUUUCCAGUGCAUUAAAAAAAACAAUAAAAAGAUCACCUUUCUACUAAAAUAAGACCGUCGAAAACAAGACAAUUUCAUUGGUUUCUUGUGAAUUUUCAUGCACGAAAUGUACUUCAAAGCUUCUAGAAGACUUCAAGAGACUUCAAGAGACUUCAAAAGACUUCAGGAGACUUCAGGAGACUUCAUCAGACUUCAAGAGACUUCAUCAGACUUCAUCAGACUUUAUGAGACUUUAGAGACUUCAAGAGACUUUAUGAGAAUUCAUAAGACUUCAAGAGACUUCAUAAGACUUCGAAAGACUUUCAAGACUUCAUGAGACUUCAGUCGUGAAGUCUCCGCUGUUCCCCCCUUGUAUUUAUCACUGUUUAAGUAAACAUUGACCAUUUUCUACGAAGUAUUCUAAUAUCACUCUUCAAGAUCUUUGGAAAGUAAGAGAAUUAAGAGAAAACCGGUUAAAGAUGCAAUGAUCAAGAUCUUUCAUUUCCAUCAAUGAGCAAUAAUGACUAUCGAAUAAAUAAUACAAAUACUAUUUCUUGUAACAAUAAAAAAUAGUUCAUUCCAAAAGAAAUACACUCGUUCCAAUUUGUGUGGUUUAUUUAAAUAGAUUUUUAUGUUGAAAU